AUGGAGCAGAUCCCACCACCGAAAGAGGUGAAGAUCCUCGAAACAGCAGAGGACAUUCAGGAGCGUCGUGAGGAGGUUUUGAACCGCUAUGAAGAGUUUAAGCAGGAAGCCCGUGCCAAACGUGAGAAACUCGAGGACUCCCGUCGCUUCCAGUACUUCAAGCGUGAUGCUGAUGAACUCGAGUCGUGGAUUCAGGAGAAGCUUCAGGCCGCCAGCGAUGAGAGCUACAAAGAUCCCACCAACCUUCAGGCGAAAAUCCAGAAACAUCAAGCAUUCGAAGCGGAGGUAGCUGCGCACUCCAAUGCUAUUGUAGUUUUGGACAACACCGGGUCAGAGAUGAUAGCUGCGGGACACUUCGCUUCGGAGACCAUCCGUCGGCGCUUGGACGAACUACACCGUCUCUGGGAACUGUUGCUGUCCCGCCUCGCCGAGAAGGGCAUGAAGCUGCAGCAGGCGCUUGUACUGGUGCAGUUUCUGAGGCACUGCGAUGAAGUCAUGUUCUGGAUUCAUGACAAGGAAACGUUUGUGUGCGCGGAUGAGUUCGGUUCUGACCUGGAGCAUGUUGAGGUGCUUCAGCGCAAGUUCGACGAGUUCCAGAAGGACAUGGCCGCCCAGGAGUACCGGGUCACUGAAGUCAACCAGCUGGCCGAGAGACUCGUACUCGAAGGACACCCUGAAAGGGAAACCAUCGUCAAGAGAAAAGACGAGUUGAACGAAGCCUGGCAGCGCCUGCGUCAAAUGGCACUCAUGCGUCAAGAACGUUUGUUCGGAGCCCACGAGAUCCAGCGCUUCAAUCGCGAUGCCGACGAGACCAUCGCCUGGAUCUCGGAGAAGGAUGCCGUGCUCGGAUCCGACGACUACGGGCGCGACCUGGCUACCGUGCAGACGCUACAGCGCAAGCACGAAGGAGUAGAGCGCGAUCUGGCCGCGUUAGAGGACAAGGUGUCGGUGCUGGAAGGAGAGGCCGUCCGCCUGGGGGCCAUCCACGGCGCGCACGCCGACGCCAUCAGCGCCAAGCGCGACGAGGCGCACGCGGCCUGGCAGCGCCUGGUGCAGCGCGCCGCGCACCGCCGGCAGCGCCUCGAGGCCGCGCUCGCGCUGCACCGCUUCCUGGCCGACUACCGCGACCUGCUCUCCUGGCUCGCAGACAUGCGGGCGCUCAUCGCCGCCGACGACCUCGCCAAGGACGUGCCCGGGGCCGAGGCUCUGCUCGAGAGGCACCAGGAGCACAAGGGCGAGAUGGACGCGCGCGCGGACGUGAUCGGCGCGUGUGCCGUGGCGGGGCAGGCGCUGGUGGCCAGCGAGCACCACGCGGCGGCCGACGUGUCCGCGGCGCUGCACACGCUGGAGCGGGAGGCCGCAGCGCUGCAGCAGCUGUGGGAGCAGCGCCGCGUGCUCUACCUGCAGUGCAUGGACCUGCAACUCUUCUACCGCGACACUGAACAAGCCGACGCCUGGAUGCACAAACAAGAGGCUUUCCUUGCGAACGAAGAUGUAGGAGACUCUUUAGACUCCGUGGAAGCUUUGCUGAAGAAACACGAAGACUUUGAAAAGUCACUCGCCGCGCAAGAAGAGAAGAUCAAGGCCCUAGACGAGUUCGCUACCAAACUUAUUGAGGGCAACCAUUACGCCGCCGACGAUGUCGCACAAAGACGAGAGAUGUUGUUGGAGCGUCGUGCGGCUUUACUAGAGAAGUCGAACCAGCGCCGCGCUCUCCUCGAAGACGCCUACAAGUAUCAACAGUUCGAACGCGAUUGUGAUGAAACUAAAGGCUGGGUAAACGAGAAGCUGAAGUUCGCCACCGACGACUCGUACUUGGAUCCGACCAACCUGAAUGGCAAGGUGCAGAAACAUCAGAACUUCGAACAGGAGCUGCAGGCCAACAAGCCUCGCGUCGACGAGAUAACGGCCGUCGGCAAGCGUCUGCUUGAGCUCGAACAUUUUGCUCAACCUCAAAUAUCGUCUCGCGUGGAAGAGCUGGGCGGAAUAUGGGAGCGACUGGUGCAGUCUUCGGAGCUGAAGGGAAACAAGUUGCAGGAAGCGGCUCAACAACAGCAGUACAACCGGGCCGUCGAGGACAUUGAACUUUGGCUCUCGGAAGUUGAAGGACAGCUGCUCAGCGAGGACUACGGGAAGGAUCUGACCAGCGUGCAGAAUCUCCAGAAGAAGCACGCGCUGUUGGAGGCCGACGUGAGCUCGCACGCCGAACGCAUCGACGCCAUACGGAACCAGGCCGAGCAGUUCAUAGAGAAGGGACACUUCGACGCGGAUAACAUCAAGGCUAAGCGGGACGCGUUGGUGGGCCGAUACGCGGCUCUGGAUGCGCCCAUGGCGGUGCGCAAGCGGAGGCUGCUGGACUCGCUGCAGGCGCAGCAGCUGUUCCGCGACCUGGACGACGAGGCCGCCUGGAUACGGGAGAAGGAGCCCGUAAUUGCGUCCACGAACAGAGGUCGCGACCUGAUCGGCGUCCAGAACCUUAUGAAGAAGCACCAGGCCGUGCUGGGCGAGAUGGCGCAGCACGAGGCGCGCGUGGAGGCGGUGCGGGCGGCCGGGGCUGCGCUGCGGGACGCCGGACACUUCGCCGCCGCCGACAUCGCCGCCAGACUCACGCAGCUCCGCGACAACUGGACACAGCUGCAGGAGAAGGCGCUGCAGCGUAAACAAGACCUCGAAGACUCUCUUCAAGCUCAGCAGUACUUUGCUGAUGCCAACGAAGCUGAAUCUUGGAUGAGAGAGAAGGAGCCCAUCGCCUGCACCCAGGACUACGGAAAGGACGAGGACUCCUCUGAGGCGCUGCUAAAGAAACACGAGGCCUUGCUGUCUGACUUGGAAGCUUUCGGGAAUACCAUCAAGUCGCUGAGGGAACAGGCCAAUUCAUGCAGACAGCAGGAGUCGCCCGUGGUGGACGAGUCGGGCAAGGAGUGCGUGGCGGCGCUGUACGACUACGCGGAGAAGUCACCGCGCGAGGUCUCCAUGAAGCGCGGCGACGUGCUCACGCUGCUCAACUCCAACAACAAGGACUGGUGGAAGGUGGAAGUAAACGACCGCCAAGGCUUCGUCCCGGCCGCAUACGUCAAGAAGAUCGACGCCGGACUGUCGUCCUCCCAGCAGAACCUCGCCGACUCCAACUCCAUCGCCGCCAGACAGAAUCAGAUCGAGUCGCAGUAUGACAACCUGCUGGGGCUGGCGCGCGAGCGGCAGAACAAACUCAACGAGACCGUCAAGGCCUACGUGCUGGUGCGGGAGGCGGCCGAGCUCGCCACCUGGAUCAAGGACAAGGAGAUGCACGCUCAAGUUCAAGACGUGGGCGAAGAUCUGGAGCAGGUCGAGGUGAUGCAGAAGAAGUUCGACGACUUCCAGAACGACCUGCGCGCCAACGAGGUGCGGCUCGCCGAGAUGAACGAGAUCGCCGUGCAGCUGAUGACCGUCGGACAGACCGAGGCAGCCCUGAAGAUCAAGACUCAGAUGCAGGAGCUGAACUCGAAGUGGAGCUCGCUGCAGCAGCUGACGGCGGAGCGCGCGGCGCAGCUGGGCUCGGCGCACGAGGUGCAGCGCUUCCACCGCGACGUCGACGAGACCAAGGACUGGAUCGCGGAGAAGGACGCCGCGCUCGCCUCCGACGACCUGGGCCGCGACCUGCGCUCCGUGCAGACCCUGCAGCGCAAGCAUGAAGGCCUAGAGCGCGAUUUAGCAGCCCUCGGCGACAAGAUCCGCCAACUGGACGACACCGCCAACCGGCUGAUGUCCACGCACGGGGACUCCGCCGACGCUACCUACAGCAAGCAGAUAGAGAUCAACGAAGCCUGGCAGCAACUGCAGGCGCGCGCCAAUGCCAGGAAGGAGAAGCUUCUGGACUCCUACGACCUGCAGAGGUUCUUGUCGGACUACCGCGACUUGAUGGCGUGGAUCAACUCGAUGAUGGCGCUGGUGAGCUCGGACGAACUCGCCAAUGACGUCACCGGCGCUGAGGCCCUGCUGGAAAGACAUCAGAGCCAGCGUUCGGAGAUAGACGCGCAUUACGGCGUAGUGCCGCAGGAGCAUCGUACGGAGAUGGACGCUCGCGCGGGCACGUUCCAGGCUCUGGAACUGUUUGGCCAGCAGCUGCUGCAGGGCGGCCAUUACGCCAGCGUCGACAUACAGGAGAAGCUCAACAACAUGAGCGACGCCAGACAGGAACUCGAGAAAGCUUGGGUGAACCGACGCAUGAAGUUAGACCAGAACUUGGAGCUGCAGCUGUUCUACCGUGACUGCGAGCAGGCGGAGGGCUGGAUGGCCGCUCGCGAGGCCUUCCUGGCGCCCGCGGACCACGCCGACUCCGCCGACCAGCAGCAGCCGGACAACGUCGAGCAACUCAUCAAGAAACACGAAGACUUCGACAAGGCCAUCAAUGCUCACGAGGAGAAGAUUGCCCAGCUGCAGACGUUGGCCGACCAGCUGAUCGCUUCCGACCACUACGCGACCGACGACAUCGACGACAAGCGCAAGCAGGUGCUCGACCGCUGGAGGCACCUCAAGGAGGCACUCAUAGAGAAACGCUCCAGAUUGGGUGAUGAACAAACUCUGCAACAAUUCUCUCGCGACGCUGACGAGAUGGAGAAUUGGAUCAUGGAGAAGAUGCAGUUAGCUACUGAAGAGAGUUACAAGGACCCAACCAAUAUUCAGUCCAAACAUCAGAAGCACCAGGCGUUCGAAGCAGAACUGGCGGCCAACGCCGAGCGCAUCCAGUCCGUGCUCGCCAUGGGAGGCAACCUCGUGCAGCGCGGACAGUGCAGCGGCAGCGAGGAUGCCGUGCAGGCUCGUCUCGCUUCCAUCGCUGACCAAUGGGAGUACCUCACUCAGAAGACUACAGAGAAGUCUCUGAAAUUGAAAGAAGCGAACAAGCAGCGGACUUACAUUGCUGCCGUUAAAGAUCUGGACUUCUGGCUCGGUGAGGUCGAGAGCUUGUUGACCUCAGAAGACUCCGGCAAGGACCUGGCUUCUGUUCAGAACUUAAUGAAGAAACACCAGCUCGUGGAAGCUGAUAUCCAAGCUCACGAGGACAGAAUCAAUGACAUGAACGGGCAGGCGGACGCGCUGGUGGAGAGCGGGCAGUUCGACAGCGCCGGCAUCGGCUCGCGCCGCGACGCCAUCAACGAGCGCUUCGAGCGCGUGCGCAACCUCGCCGCGCACCGCCGCGCCAGACUGCACGAGGCCAACACGCUGCACCAGUUCUUCAGGGACAUCGCCGACGAGGAGUCCUGGAUCAAGGAGAAAAAACUUUUGGUCGCUUCGGAUGACUACGGCCGCGACUUGACCGGCGUCCAGAACUUACUGAAGAAGCACAAGCGUCUCGAAGCGGAACUUGCGAGUCACGAGCCCGCCAUACAAGCCGUGCAGGAGGCCGGCGAGAAGCUGAUGGACGUGUCCAACCUUGGCGUGCUCGAGAUCGAACAGCGGCUGAAAGCUCUGGCCUUGGCCUGGGAUGAACUCCAAGCGCUGGCUGCCGAGCGAGGGGCCAAGCUGCAGCAGUCGCUCGCCUACCAACAGUUCCUUGCCAAGGUUGACGAAGAGGAGGCCUGGAUCAGCGAGAAGCAGCAGCUGGUGGCGGUGGGCGAGUGCGGAGACAGCAUGGCGGCGGUGCAGGGCCUGCUGAAGAAGCACGAGGCGCUGGAGGCGGAGCUGGCGGCGCGCGGCGAGCGGGUGCGCGAGCUGGCGGCGGCGGGCGACGCGCUGCUGGCGGCCGGCAACCUGCACCACGACGCGCUGGCGCACCGCAUCCGCGCCCUGCAGGCCAAACUGGAAAAGCUCACGGCAUUGGCGGCUCGUCGCAAGGUAGCCCUUGUAGACAACUCCCUCUAUCUGCAGCUACUGUGGAAGGCCGACGUGGUGGAAUCCUGGAUCGCAGACAAGGAGACACACGUGCGAUCUGAUGAGUUCGGUCGAGAUCUGUCCACUGUGCAGACAUUGCUCACCAAGCAAGACACUUUCGAUGCUGGUCUGGCGGCGUUCGAGCACGAAGGGAUCCAGAACAUCACGUCUCUGAAAGAGCAGCUGGUGGCGGCGGGGCACGAGCAGACGCCCGCCAUCGUGAAGCGGCACGGUGACGUCAUCGCGCGCUGGCAGCGACUGCUCUCCGACUCCGCCACCAGGAAGCAACGGCUGCUGCAGCUGCAGGACCAGUUCCGACAGAUCGAGGAACUCUACCUCACCUUCGCCAAAAAGGCUUCUGCAUUCAACUCGUGGUUCGAGAACGCGGAGGAGGACCUGACGGACCCCGUGCGCUGCAACUCCAUCGAGGAGAUACGCGCGCUCAAGGACGCGCACGCGCAGUUCCAGGCAUCGCUGUCGUCGGCCCAGAGCGACUUCGAGGCGCUGGCCGCGCUGGACGCGCAGAUCAAGUCGUUCAACGUGGGCGCCAACCCCUACACUUGGUUCACGAUGGAGGCGCUCGACGACACGUGGCGCAACUUGCGCAAGAUUAUCGCGGAGCGAGACGUGGAGUUGUCGAAGGAAGCUCAACGGCAGGAGGAGAACGACAAGCUGCGGAAGGAGUUCGCCAAGCACGCCAACACCUUCCACCAGUGGCUCACCGAGACUCGGUACCGGUUGCUAGGCUGGGACGGCACAUCAAUGAUGGAGGGCACGGGUUCCCUGGAACAACAGUUGGCGACGCUGCGCCAACGAGCGUCCGAAGUACGCGCCCGCAGAGCUGACCUGAGACGCCUUGAAGAGUUAGGCGCCGCCCUGGAGGAGCAUCUGAUCCUGGACAACCGCUACACGGAGCACAGCACCGUGGGACUAGCGCAGCAGUGGGACCAGCUGGACCAGCUCUCUAUGCGCAUGCAGCACAACCUCGAGCAGCAGAUACAAGCCAGGAACCAUUCCGGUGUAAGCGAAGACGCCCUGAAGGAGUUCUCGAUGAUGUUCAAGCACUUCGACAAGGAUCGAUCUGGACGCCUCAACCACCACGAGUUCAAGUCGUGUCUGCGAGCCCUCGGGUACGACCUGCCCAUGGUUGAAGAGGGACAACCCGAUCCUGAGUUUGAAUCUAUACUCAGUAUCGUAGAUCCGAACCGCGACGGCCAAGUAUCCCUUCAAGAGUACAUGGCCUUCAUGAUCAGCAAGGAGACCGAGAACGUGCACUCCUCCGAGGAGAUCGAGAACGCGUUCCGCGCCAUCACCGCGCACCAGGACCGGCCCUACGUCACCAAGGAAGAACUGUACGCGAACCUCACGAAGGAGAUGGCGGACUACUGCGUGGCGCGCAUGAAGCCCUACGUGGAGCCGAAGACGGAGCGCCCCAUACCCAACGCGCUCGACUACAUCGACUUCACACACACUCUGUUCCAAAACUAAAACCUUCCCCUCCCCCUGCCCCGCGACCGGCCCCGCCACGUUCAUUAAAUUUAUCAACUAACUCGCUUUUUAUUUGGUCACCUUCCUCGUGCAGCGCGAAUGGCGGUCGUGAGCGUAAUUGCUAUUUUAUUACGACUGAAUAUAACUUAUUGAACGUUAGCUAGGCAAAUAUAAAUUAUUAACUGCUUAUAAGCUUAUCCAUGUUAUUCCACUGAGCAUUUAUAAAUUAUAAUCGUAAGUGUUGAAAAAUACGAUGAUUUCUAUCGAGUAGCUGAUCGCGCG